GGGAAGGGGAGAGGGUCCCGUGGACACCCGUGCGGUGCGCGCCGCGGUCUACAUAAGCAGCCUCACUUCGCCGCUAUCGAGUGAACACGUUCAAUAGCUGCCAUGAUCGGACCAGUACUCGUCCUCCUGGCCCUGGGGUCGACCCAGGCCGGCAAACUUGGCAAUGCGUGGACGCCUUGUCCUAAGGCGGACCCGAACCUCAACACAUGCAUAACGAACUCGUUGGAAAAGUUUCUUCCACUUAUGAAGAAAGGAAUUCCCCAAUUUGACAUUCCCGUACUGGAUCCGUUGGUUUUGGGGGACAUGGACUUCUCGACCAAGGACCUCAAGAUGAUCUAUAAGGGCGCCAAAAUGUCGAAGCUCUUCACGGACUACAAGAUCGUCCUCGUGGAGUUCGAUCCCGACAAAUACACGAUGCGCAUGAACCUCAAGGUUCCCGAAGUGAUAUCCGAGGGCGAGUACGAGCUUAACGGCAAGCUGAUGGUCAUGCCCGUCGUUGGCAAGGGCGGCUUCACGCUCACGUACCAGGAUGUGUCAUUUGAUUUGACGUUCCUCGGCAAGUCUAAGACAAAGGACGGCAAGCCCUACAUGGAACUCAAUGAAGCUAAGGUCGUGUUCCAGCCGGGAAAUCUUAUCGUGAAGGUGGACAAUCUUUUCAACGGAAACAAGGAGCUGAGUGACAACUUCCACAAAUUUGUCAACGAAAACUGGCGGGAUAUUUUCAACGAGUUCAAGGACAAGAUCUGGGGAUCUAUGGCUGCAUUCUUCAAGCAGACCUUUACCAAGAUGUUCGAUGAAAUACCAUACAACGAAGUCUACACCUUCUGAUUUCGAAGGCGGAAACGUACUUUUACUUUUAGGCAUUUUUACUGUUGCUCUGGUGCCACUUUGCUGUAGUGGUGAAAAAGACGCGUGCUAGUCCAGCGUGGAAGAGGCCCGUUCGACCUCGGUCACGCAAACAUUGGAUCUUUCGCGCUGCGACAGCCGGACAGAGACGAAGGCCCGGUGGACACGACUGUUCGCCACCAGGAACCCGAGCUCCGCACCAGGCGACCGGCUUCCAGCACUCAAAUGUAUCAAUAAACGCUUUCAUAUCCGAGUA